CUCCCUGAUCACACAUUCCACACCGCUAGCUACUGUACAUAGCCGGGUCGGAUUUUGGUGUGCAAGGAAACGAGUCUGGGUUGAGGGCUUAGUGCAUUUUAGCCAAUCCAAAAUCAAUACUGUUCAUUCCUACUCUCGGAUAUUUGAGUUACCACCGUGUUUUCGGAAGAUAAAACAAAUGACGCUUCAUUUGACAAUUGCAAGGUAAAUGUGUGGGACUAAUUUGGAUGGACUCAUUCUCGCGUAAUGACUACUAGCAAACGCAUGACGUGAGGUAAUUUAGACUACUAGUCAUUUCAAUAAUUUAGGCUACUAAGCUCGUGGUCGUUCGUGUUAACUGCAACCUACUGUACAGUUGAACUUCUCAUCAUGGACGAGAAGACAUUCACGAAAGAACUGGAUCAAUGGAUCGAACAACUGAACGAGUGCAAGCAGCUGUCCGAAAACCAGGUCAAAAUGCUGUGUGAAAAGGCUAAGGAGAUUUUAACAAAGGAGUCCAAUGUACAGGAGGUACGAUGCCCCGUCACUGUCUGCGGCGACGUCCAUGGCCAGUUCCACGACCUUAUGGAGUUGUUCAAGAUUGGAGGGAAGUCGCCCGACACCAACUACCUGUUCAUGGGCGACUAUGUGGACAGAGGCUACUACUCCGUGGAGACAGUGACAUUACUUGUUUCUCUCAAGGUGCGCUACCCAGAGAGAAUUACCAUCCUUCGGGGGAAUCAUGAGAGCAGACAGAUCACACAGGUGUAUGGUUUCUACGACGAGUGCUUGAGAAAGUACGGAAACGCAAAUGUUUGGAAAUACUUCACAGACCUGUUUGAUUAUCUGCCUCUCACCGCGUUGGUUGACACACAGAUUUUUUGCCUCCACGGAGGACUGUCUCCCUCCAUUGACACACUGGACCAUAUCAGAGCUCUCGACCGCAUUCAGGAGGUGCCACAUGAGGGUCCCAUGUGUGACCUGCUGUGGUCAGAUCCAGAUGACCGCGGAGGCUGGGGAAUUUCACCCCGUGGUGCCGGCUACACGUUUGGGCAGGACAUCUCGGAGACUUUCAACCAUGCCAACUGCCUGACUCUGGUCUCGAGGGCUCACCAGCUGGUCAUGGAGGGCUACAACUGGUGCCAUGAACGAAAUGUGGUGACGAUUUUCAGCGCACCAAAUUAUUGUUACCGUUGUGGUAAUCAGGCAGCUAUCAUGGAACUGGACGACACACUUAAGUAUUCCUUCCUGCAGUUUGAUCCUGCUCCUCGGAGAGGGGAGCCGCACGUGACUCGUCGCACCCCCGACUACUUCCUGUAAAGAUCCUGAGCGCUGAGAAAAGUAUUCGCCAUCAAUGCAGUUCACCCUGAAAUUACAUUAGGACAAGGCCAACAACAUUUAAUAUUCAAUAAAUACUUCCAUGGACCAAAGUGUGUGCCAUGUUCAUUAAAAACAUCUGCAAGAGAAGCUGCCACGGAAGUUGAUCACAAGAGUAAAAAAGAGAAAAUUUGCCCUUCUGCAUGGUCGGAUCAUUGUAUUUUACUCCAAAGUCGCUUUUGUUCCGUCAAGACAAUGAAACCUGGUGGUCACUGCUGGAUAGGAAAACGUUUUUAUUCUGUGAUUUUUACUGUCGGGUGUAAAGGGUUGGGGUGGGCUCUGUGAACUCAUAUUCACAAACACUUAGAUAAGUAAACGCUUCAGUCUGAGUACCGUUGGGAUGUCGUGCUGAAUAGAAACUACUUUGCCAUGUCAGUAAGUGGCAUCUCUUUUGCAUGGCUUUCUGAGGUUUUUUACAACAAGAGAGUAUUUGUGUGAAUGAGGGGGGACAUAGACCAGGUUACACACUUCUGUUUCUUUUUUUCACACUUGUUAGUUUUAUUUUGAUUACUGUAUGAUGUUUUGUAGAACAGGAUUAUCAUGCAUUUUAUUUUAUAUUUAACACCAGCAUAAAGUUGCUGCAGUUCUCUCUCUCUCUCUCUCUCUCUCUCUCUCUCUCUUCCUCCCACUGCUUCUAUUCCAUUCAGCUGUAUAGGUAUUCCAAGACUAUGUCUAAAUUAUUUGUUUAUUUCUUUGUUAAAGCCUGUGUGGGAGACUUCAGCACUUCAAUAAAGACUGGGGUUACUCCAUAUGAAA